AAGAGAAUAUUAACCUAGUGCAGAUAUGUCCACAUAAAAAGAGAUGCAAAAGAAAAACUGAAACAUGAUUUACCUUCUGAUGACAUUUCUGGGCCUACUCUCUGAUUCCAUGUGUGAAAUAAACGUAACACCUUUAACAAAAAAUCAUCCCGAGGGCUCUUGUGCGCAAAUCAAAUGUUUUAUAUCGUCAAAACUAAUGCAAAGCAAUUCCUGGGACAAUCAAUACCCCAAAAUUAUUUGGUUGAAAAACAGUACCUGGAAUGGAACUAUUAAAGAUUUCAUAGGAACAGUUGUCUACAGCAGUACAGAUGAGCGACCAGUGGCUUUUGAAUUUCAAAACAGGACUUCCUUCAAUAUCCAUGAUUGCACUCUAACAAUCAACAAUUUACAAAAAGGAGACAGUGGAGAUUUCUCUUUAAGGUAUUAUGAUAAUGCUAAAGAUAGAUACAUGAGCACAAAAAAUGCAACUCUUAAUAUUACAGAAAAUCCUUGCAAAGUGAGCGUGCAUGAUCCUGGACCUGUGAAAGAGGGAACUAUAGUAGAACUGAAUUGUUCCACAUUGGCAAACUGUUCAUUUCAACCUAAGUGGGAGCCCUCUGACAUUGCUAGUAUAAUGAAUGACCAACACAGCAAAACCAGCCAGCUGAAAUUCAAUGCCACUUGGGAAAAUGAUGGAAAAACAUGGUCCUGCAGCAACCAAGACAAUAAAGACCCCUGCUUGGUCAGAAAAGUCACCUUUACAGUAAUGUAUUCCCCGAAGGAAACCAAGGCUGAAGGUAAUCCAACAAAUGUGAAGGAAGGAGAAAGUAUAACUCUCACCUGUACUAGCAGAGGGAAUCCAAGUCCCACCUACUCAUGGUUUCACAAGGGAGAAAGUAGAUCCAGCAACAGUCGGUUGCUGUUGCAGGACCUUAAACCUGAAGACAGUGGAGAGGUUUUCUGCAAAGCCCAGAACAAAUAUGGAUAUGUGAAGUCAAAUGUUCUGCAAAUCAAUGUCCAGUAUGCCCCAAAAGAAGUCAAAAUUAUCUCGUCUGGCAUGUUACAGCCACUUCUAGAAGGGGAGAAUUUCACACUCACCUGCAAUGCCAGUAGCAGCAAUCCUCCUGUUCACUCUUAUAUUUGGAAAAAAGAUAACAAUCACAUGCUGAUAAGGCAACAGGAAAAAAUUUUUCCCCACCUUCAGCCAGAAGAUGCAGGCAAAUACACCUGUGAAGCUACUAACAGUGUGGGUUCUAUGGAGUCAUCACCAGUCGAAAUUCGUGUGAAUUAUGGACCAAGAAAUACAAAAGUUGAGGCAAGGUGCCCUCCGUUUGAUGAUUGUCCAGAAAAUCAGGUGAAGUUGGGCCAGCAGUUACAUCUGACAUGUAAGACAGAUGCACAACCUUUGCAGUUGGAGUACACAUGGUACCAAAGGAAUCGUGAGUCAUUUGUCAUGCUCUCAGAGAAAGGCAUUAAUCUUCAAAUGAAGGCAAGCGUGAGCAAUGCAGGGGAAUACAUGUGUUGUGCUGCCAACAGCAUCGCUGCCCAGAACUCCAGCAGUCUCCCCAUCAAUGUGCUCUAUGGCCCCAGUAAACCUGUUCUGGAGAUGAAGAGUCCUGUGACCGAGUUUAACACUCUGAUCAUUAAGUGCUCAGUUGAAAGCUUUCCAUCAUCAACCCUCACCUUGAUAAAAAAAGUCAGGGCCCACUCAGCUGGUGCUCUCGUAAGCUCAUUACUCAGUCAGAUGUCUGAAAAUCACUAUGGUGAGAGCAACAAUGGUGCAAAUCAUCUCGAAGUCGCCAUCAAUGUGUCCUUCAGUGAUGCUGGACACUAUAUCUGUUAUGCCCAUAACUCAGAGGGAGAGGACUUCACUGAGCAGGAGCUUACAGUCAAGUAUGCUCCCAGAAGCACAACGGUAUUGGUGAAACCUGGGACAGUUCUGAAGGAAAAUGAUUACCUGGAGCUUACCUGCACCACUGAAUCCUUCCCACCAGUGUCCAGCACCACUUGGAUCAAGUCAUUCAGAGACAAGAAUUUAACAGUGGGUAAUGAAACAAGCCUGAAAUUCAGAGCCUUGUCUGCAGAAGACAGUGGGAAGUAUAGCUGCCGGGCCGAGAAUGAAGUUGGGGAACAGACCUCUAAAACCACUGAAAUUACAGUCCAGUAUGGCCCAAAGGACACAAAAAUUAUUCACAGUAUGAUCGGCAGAGAUCUGCGGGACAGAGACAAGGCACUGACACUGUCCUGCCUCAGUUACAGCUACCCCAAUAUCACACAUUACUGGUGGUACAAAAUCACAGAAAACACAGUGGAAAAGUUUGUCACUGAAGGACAGAACAUUACAGUUAUGCCUGAGGAAUCGGGGACCUAUUACUGCAUUGCCUUCAGUUCCAUUGCGAACAAACGUUCCAACAUGAUAGAGGUGCCUCCCAUGCGGAGCAUUCUUCAUCUGUUAACUUACAUUGGUGUCUUGGCUGGACUCCUCCUCCUCUUGGGGGUACUUAUUGGGUAUGUGGCUUACAGAAAACAGAAGAGAAAAAUCACCCAGCCAAGUACAGGAAACACAAGCUUGUGUCAUCAUCAUUGCCCAAGCUUUCUGGGUGCGAGGAGUGGCACUCAGGAGCACCUGGUAAUGGAGGGGAUGGGAGAGUUGCACAGAAGCAGGGAGGACCUGCUGGCAGGAUUGACCUUCCCCCAGAACCAGCACACCAAUGGACCCCACCCAGACACUGUACCUCUCUCAACCGCAACCACCAAUGUCCACAUUGUGUACAGUGCAGUGAAGACUUCUGCAAUGGAACAAAGGUCACCGUGCUCUUCCUGGAGAAGCCAAGAUGAAAACACAGAGAUGCACGCUGUGACCUAUACCACCCUGCACUUUCCAAAGAGUGACAGCACACAUAGCACGAAUGCCACUGACUCAAAGACACUGGACUGGAUCUACGCUAAAGUGUCAAAGCCACAGUGCCACAUGGAGCAGAAUGGGACACAAGACUAUGAGAACGUGAAGGGCUUGAAUUUGAAGCAGACGAGCACAGAUACAGACACAAGUGAGGAUGACCAAGAAGUCAACUAUUCAGUCAUUUCCAUCAAGCAAAAUGCCAAUUACAAGGUCCAACAACACCAGUUCUCAGAUGUCAGUUCCAGUUCAGAUGAGGAAGACGAUGCAACACAGUACUCUGAUGUCAAGAUCUGAAUGAAAUUCAUAUCGUAUUUUUUCCAUGAUAAAUCUUGAAAGCGUUUCACACAUGCAUGGGCCAUGAGAGAACUAAGGAGGAAAAAAAUGUUUUCUUCAUCUUUGGCCUCUGAUGCCCAGUAACUAAUAUAUCUGUUUGAUUCAGUAUAGCCUACUUCUGCAUCUAUGAAAGCCUUGGGGCUUAAAAUAUGAUAUUGACCUCUGCUUAGGAUCUUGAUGGCAUGUACUCUGGAGCAUAAUGACUGUUGCUGUAAAUUCCGUUUACAAGGUCAGAGGAGUUUUCCACACACAGUCUACUUCCCCUUGAAACACAUUACCCUGAUUCGAAGGUUCAGCCUUUGCUGUUCCUUUCCUCACAUUGACUGAUAAUUUACUGCCUUCUGUUAGUUCCUUAUUUCAUUAGCAGCUCUGCCUCUUUUUACUUCUCAUUUUUAGUGUUGCAGAUUUAUUUUUUUAAUGAUAAAUUUCACAGGAACUACUAUAACAAAAAGGGGGGGCAUGGCGGCAUGGUGGCACAGUGGCAGGGAGGGCUUGGCUAGGUCCUGCUCUCUGG